AUGGACUUCCUCGACUCCUCCUUCUUCACCAAAGCAGGCCAUAAGAGCUUGCCAACCGCUGCAAAGGUUGGCUCCCUCUCAGAACAGUUCAACAAACAUCCACGGCCCGCACCGGUUAAAUUUGAGCAUCUAAAUCUUCUCGUCAAGUUUGGGCCGUCUGUGGCGGUUGAAGAAGCCCUAACUCUCCGCAUGCUUCGAACGUCUUUCGCUGAGAAGAUACCUGUCCCGGAG